AUGCGUACCUCCAUCACUACCGCCAUCUACCCUCUCAUGGCCCUUUGCGUGGCUCAGCCCUUCACCGGCAAAUCAUCCAGAUUCUCCAACACCACAGACAGCACAUCCUGCAUUUCCUCCGCCGACGCCAUCCUCAUCGCCGACGGUUUCGGCCAGAUCCUCUCAAACUUCAGCAUGUCCUGGGGCGACAACCUCAUCGCAGACGGCUAUGUGGAUCAAUCAGAUAGUGUAGCAACACUGAUGCACUCGCCUAACCUCCUUGCCUCUGAUGUUCGUCCUCCUCCUCCUCCCCCUCCUCCUCCUCCUCCUCCUCCUCCUCCUCCUCAUCCUUCUCCUCCAUGUCUGGGAAAAAUAACUUUCGACACCAAAGCUUCCUUCCUCGCCGGCGAACAAGCUCAACCAGGCGUCCCCUUCAAGUUGCUCAACACCUGGUCUUCCUGCAAUGCAGUCACUUUCCGCUACGUGUUGUCUCCUCCAGGUCUCAAUGUCCAAGGAAUAGCUGUCGCUGAAGUUGAAGAAGCAAAAGUCAAUGGAACUGGUGUUGGCGAGGGAGACAAGAAAUGGCAGAUCAAGACGUUCUAUGGAGAAUUCAACUCGGCGGUCUGGUUGACGGAUCUGAAGAGCAGUAUUACUGGAUGUGAUGUCAAUGGUAAUGUUACUGGUAACAUUACCGUGGCUUGA